AUAUCGCUCUCAUGGCACCGUGGCUCAUGUACUGCUGCCCAUUGAUAGGCUGGUGAUCACUGCUGUCGAGAGGAACUACGCAUCCACCCCUUCCGCCCCCAGCUACCUCGCUUGCUCCACGCAUCGUCUUUGAAGGAGAGGAAGAUGACGAGCGUAUGGAAGACCAAGGUUCUCCCCGGGCUCAACAAGAUCUUCGACAAGGAUGGCAAGAAGGCCGCCGCCGCCGAGUUCUUGAAAUCCUUCAACAAGGAGGAGAUUGACAAGGAGAUUGAGGACAAGAAGACAGAACUAGAGCCCAAGGUUGUGGAGACCAUUGAAGCAUCUCCUCCAGAAAUUAAGGGCUUGAUAAAGGAUAAGAAAACAUCCAAGAUCAAGAAGAACUCAGUUGCCGUCACCAAGUUCCUUGACGAUUUGGCCAAGAUUGAUUUCCCCGGAGCCAAGCUGGUGAGCGACGCGGUGGCCAAGUCCGGCACCACGCCCCUCUCCCCGGCCAUCGUCUUCAUCUUGGACAAGGUUGCGCCCUUCGUCCCAGCGCCCAAAGAGGAGCCCAAGGCCGAGCCCGAGGACGCCGCCCCGGCAGAGGAGACCACCACCCGCGAGGUUGCCGUGGAGGAGAAGAAGGAGGAAGCCGAGCCCUCCGCCGCACCGGCAGAAGCGGCCGCGCCGGUGGAGGCAGCCGCGCCCGCUGCUGAGGUAGUGGAGGAGAAGAAAGAGGAGGAGAAACCCGCGGAAGCCGCCGCACCUGCCGCCGAGGAGCCAGAGAAGAAGUGAUCGGUCGCCGCCGGCCGGAGUCCAAGAGCAACCCAAGCUACCACCUAGCUUGCUGCUGGUAAUGAAAACAUUUUAAGUUAUUGUGAAUUUGUGGUCGCUCUCUGUGUCAAGGUAGCUGCACAAAAGUAAGCACGUACGUACGUACACUGCACUUGCCAUGCAUACCACGCAUGCAAACGUACACGCAUGGAACAUUUGUUAUUCUUUCGAUGGACCGGUCUCCUCACCGUAUGUGUACAUUUUACGUGGGGCUUUCUUGCUUUUUUGUGGUGGUUAAAACCUGUGUAAUUAUGAUUAUAUUGGUGUGUUAAUUUGUUGGUCAUGGUAUAAGCAGGAACUUGUGCAUUCUUCCUCUUC